AUGAACCGAAGCCAUCGAAUUGAAAGUGCAAAGAAGCUGAUAUACUCUGGAGUGGAACUGGAGUACAGUUCCAGACUGGUGGAAAGACUACAGGAGUAUAAGCUGAUCAGCCAUAGUCAGUUCAGGAACACCGAGGACCCCGGAGACGCCCUCUUCCAGGAGAUAUCGUCACAGCUACACGUAUACAAGUGGAUUGACGACGGUAAAAUGCCCAUCGGUAACGUGAAUAAAGUGACGACGGCGAGACGGGACAGCUUUAGACCGCCUUGGGUCAAAGACAAGGACGCGGAGGCACCGCCAGCAUGGACCCAAAAGAAGCUGAAACCUGUGGAAAGCACCACGAAGACUAUGGACACCACGUCGAAAUCCGUCGACGAACCCGCUCCGAAAUCUUUGAAACCUGUGCUAAAGAAGCAAACGACAAUUAAAGAUAAUCAGAACGGAGUAGCUGAAGAAGUGGAAGAGAAACUCGUAAAGCCCUCAGCUGCGAAAGAGGCAGAUAAAGCAAACAGACCCGCUGAUGAAAAACCACGCUUUACUAAAUCGGCGUUGAAAACUGUGAAAACAAUACAGACUGAAGAUAAGAACGAAAAAUUACCGGAAAAACCAACACUAAAAACCGUUAAAACUAUUGAUGAAAAACCUAAAGAAAAAAGUGUUACGAUCAUAGACCAAAAACACACGGAGAAGAACGAUCCAAAACACAAUAAUCCGAUAAAUAACAAGACCACAAAUGGUAAAAUAGUUUUAAAUGAAGAGAAAUCCGAGGAUAAGAUCAAAGACUUAAAGCCGAAAUCUAAAACAGAAGAAAAAUUGAAACCGGCAGAUGGUAAUAAGGUAGAAGGAAAAGGAAAAUUCGCAGAAAGAUCAAAGAAAGAAGACAAAAAUAUAACAGUUGAAAAACUUAAAUCCACAGAGAAGACUAAUAAAUCUAAGGAAGACGAGAAAACAAAACCCGAAGAUAAGACAAAAAUGGCAACUAAACCACCGCUUGAAAAAUCUACUUCAAAGCUACCACCCACACCUCGAAAGACUUCGCUGCAAAAAGCACCAUCGAAAGAUGAAGUAAACAUGAAAAAGUGGAGAGAUCCACUACACGAAAGAGUAAAAGAAAACAUUGACAAAACACUGGCAAAUGAAAUCCCCAAGGGACAUACGCUCACAAAGAACGAAAGCUUAAGAAGUCUCUUGAAGCCCACACCACCACCAAUGCCUCCGCCAUUGCCACCGAAAAUGCCGCCACCGCCAGAAUUCAAGAAAGCUCCACUUGAUCCGACAAAGUUAAAGAAGUUAGAUUCGCUCCGCAGCAGGCCGAGGAAGAGACCUGACUGGAGCGACAUGAUGAAGGAAGUGGAGCAGGGAAAGAAGCUCAAACAUGUUGUUUGUAACGAUAGAUCAAGCCCAAUUAUUACGCGAUCAGCGGUGGUUAAAAAUAAAGGCCAAUUUAUUUUCGAAUCGGAAAAGCCAAAUUCCCACAAUGAGUUACUUAAAGAAAUAUCCAAAGGUGUGAAGCUAAAGAAGGUGAAAACAAACGACAGGAGUAAGCCUAAUUUGGAGGGCUUAAGAAAAUUCAGAAGGCAAAUGACAAUCGAAGAACAAGUGCAGAAAUCAAUGUCGCAAGCGAAUCUGGCCAAUUCUCCAUCUGGAAUUUUAGUGCCUGGAGUUCCAGAGGUUCCAGCACCGGAAGAGGACGAUAUUGACGAGAUGGAUGACAUUGAUAAGGUUAGAGAUGAUCUCCAAUCGACGAAACAGCUUCUUGCUAUAGAACUAAGAAAUAAAGAAGCUCAAGAACGAGAAAAUAAACGACUUCUGACAAGGAUACAAAACUUGGAAGCGGAAUUAGCCAGGGAGCGAGCUAUUAUUAAACAAGAGCAACACAAAACAGUUAUAUCAGUUACUGAUGCGUACGACGAGAGACUUGUAAAUAACCUAAAAAUGGAGGUUGAAAAGGCGAAAGAGACUGCUGAUAAUUUGGAAAAACAAUAUUUGGAAGCAGCAGAAGAAAGAGAUACAGCCCAAUCAGAGCUCGAAGAAGUUAAAAGAAGGAAUGCAGAAUUAGAAAAGAAAUUGGAACAGGCCUUAGCGGGUAUUAUGCCAACGAAUGUUGGAUCUAGACGAUCAAGUCACGCUGUAAAGCAACUCUCCGUAACCAAAGAUGACAGCUUUGAAGAGGAAGAGGAAUCCGAUGAUGACGUGGAAGAGAGCGAGGAGAAGAAACAAAAACGAAUGGAGAAGGAAAUACGCAAUAUGAGAAAUAAGAUCUCGCACCUGAAGCAAAAACAAGAUAACAUGAAGAGAGAGCGAAUGGGCUACAAAAUGGCAUUGAAAAACCAACAAGCGGCGCUUAAGGAGGAAAAACGGAAGUAUAAGGAGUUAAAACGUGAAGUGGACAAAAUGGCAGCAAUGAUGAAAGAAGUAGGUUCUGAGGACGAGGAAGAGGAAGAAGAAGAGGAGGAGUCGGAAGAAGAGAAAAAGAGUGAGAGUGAGGAGGAGGAGUCUGAAACUGAGACGGAGCAGGACACAGAGAGCGAAACUGAGAGUGAAAGCGAACCUGAGGAAGCGCCGUUGCCAAACAAAAAAGAAAAUCUCACGAAACGCCUUAAGCGACAUGAAACCAGGGUGAAUGCGCUAAAGAAAGGAAAUGCCCUUUUGAUGGCUAACGUGGAUCGCUUGAAAGACGAUGUCCUGAAGCAGAGAGAAGAGUCCAUGACAUUACAAAAGGAGUUGGACUCUUUAAUCGAUGACCUCGAA